AUGGUCCAUCUCGACGCCGGGCGAUCUACCGAAUUCAGGGCCCAUCGAAUUUGGACAGGUGCAACGACGGUCCAUCGACGGUUGUGGGCCCAGGAACCUGACAUGGGUGUGUUCCUAAAUGAUGGCCCAAGAGUCUUCGAAGCGCUUGAUCAAGUCAGUUCGGUUCGUACUCGCAUGAGACAUGCGAAUCUAGGAUGCCACUUUCUCGAUGUUGAGUGCGCUACCGUCUCCCUAGACCUGGGCAAGGAGCUGUUGGAGCAGGCUAAGACUUCAGGCAAUUCGCAACCACGUGUCGUGUGCCAUGGGCGGUGGAGCGGUCGCUCGAGCUAA